AUGUUGCCAGAACCGCAGGCCGCAGCACGGAUCUAUCAAAAAAUGAGCGGCGGCGACCUAUUCGACGCGCUGCCGGAUGAGCUCCUGAACCACGUGCUCUCCUUCCUGCCGUCGCGGGAGGCCGUAAACUCAUCCCUCGUCUUCCGCCGCUGGCGUCACCUCUGGAGAUCCACCCCCGCCAUUCGCGUCCGCGGCAAGGGCAACGACUUCCGGUUCUUCGUCAACAGCCUGAUCGUCCACCGCGACACGCUGCCGCUGCACUCGUUCGACAUCGACGCCGACGGCCUGGUGAUACAACCGGAUCCGCCGUACAACGACCCUGACUACGAGUACGAAGGCUGGCGCGGCGAGGUCGACCGCCACAUGGACCUUUGGGUCAGCUACGCGCUGUCCGCAGAUCGCCGCGCCCGCUUACUGAAGGUCCGUUUGGAGGACGACUGGGUACCUUGGCUGCCGCGGUCUGACUUGGCGUUCGCCUCCCUGCACCUCACGACGGUGCAUCUCGACGCCGUCUGCCUCUUCGACGGCCUCCUCGACUUCUCGCGCUGCCCGGCGCUGCAGAGCCUCGCCCUCGUGCGCUGCCGCCUUCGGGGCGAUACCCUCGCGUCGGCUUCGCUCGAGCGCCUGGCCCUCGUCCAAUGCCAAUCUGACGAGACGAUGUUUUUCGAUACGGAUUGCUCAGACGAGAGGCUGUGUAUUGGCGUCUCCACGCCGAGGCUCCGUUUAAUGGAGAUAUCUGAAUACUACGAACAGGAACAGUUCCUCGAGAUGAUGCCAUGGCUGACGGAGGACAACAUUCGGUGCUUUUCUUGA